GCGGGUGAGGUCAGUGCCGUGCGCCAGCGCCGCGCUCCGUCCCCCCCUCCCGCCGCCGCCCGGCCCGGCCGCAGGCGAGGCCCCGCCGCAGAGGGAGCGCGCUCAGCCGCCGCCGCCCCGCCGGGCCCCCGCAGGGAAGGCGCUCGCCGGCAGCCAUGGAGCUGGCGGACGGCGUGGUAUACCAGGAGGACCCCGGCGGCCCCGGCCCCGCCAUGAUGUCGGAGCGGGUGUCGGGGCUGGCGGGCUCCAUCUACCGCGAGUUCGAGCGGCUCAUCGGGCGCUACGACGAGGAGGUGGUGGCCGAGCUGAUGCCGCUGGUGGUGGCCGUCCUGGAGAACCUGGACUCGGUGUGCGCCCACAGCCAGGAGACCAGCGUGGAGCUGGAGCUGCUGCGGGACGACAACGAGCAGCUCCUCACGCAGUACGAGCGGGAGAAGGCGCUGCGCAAGCAGGCCGAGGAGAAAUUCAUUGAGUUUGAAGAUUCUCAAGAACAAGAGAAAAAGGACUUGCAGACCAGAGUGGAAGCAUUAGAAUCACAAACUCGACAGCUUGAACUAAAAGCAAAAAACUAUGCUGAUCAAAUUAGCAGACUUGAGGAGAGGGAGGCAGAACUCAAGAAAGAAUACAAUGCACUUCAUUCAAGGCAUACAGAGAUGAUCCACAAUUAUAUGGAGCACUUGGAAAGAACCAAACUUCAUCAGCUAACAGGGGGUGAUCAGCUAGAAUCCACAACACACAGUAGAAUUAGAAAGGAGCGUCCGAUAUCUCUGGGCAUCUUCCCCUUACCUCCAGGAGAUGCGCUACUUACGCCUGAAACUCAGAGAGAAGCGGGGGAAACGCCUGGGUCAGAGCACUGGAAAUUCCACGAGCUGAGUCAGCCACGGUCCCACACGAGCCUGAAGGAUGAGCUCUCUGACGUUAGCCAAGCAGGCUCAAAAUCUACUACUCCAGCAUCCACAGCUCCCUCAGAUGUACCCGUGCUGCCUGCUGAAACUCCUCAAAAGGAAGAUGUUGAAGGGCUUGCAAAGGACACGGAUAUGCCGAAUGAGAAGCUGGACGUAAGCAAGAAUAUCGAAGUACAGGUAGCUCAAGAGACAAGAAAUGUGUCCACUGGUGGAAAUGAAAAUGAAGAAAAAUCUGAAGUUCAGGCAAUCAUUGAGUCAACUCCAGAGUUGGAUAUGGAUAAAGAUCUCAGUGGAUAUAAGGGUUCCAGCACUCCAACCAAAGGCAUAGAGAACAAAGCAUUUGACCGUAAUACAGAGUCGCUCUUUGAAGAGUUGUCAUCAGCUGGUUCUGGCCUAAUUGGAGAUGUGGAUGAAGGUGCAGAUUUACUGGGAAUGGGUCGUGAAGUUGAAAACCUUAUUUUGGAAAACACUCAGCUGUUGGAGACAAAAAAUGCACUGAAUGUAGUGAAGAAUGAUUUGAUAGCAAAGGUGGAUGAAUUGACCUGUGAGAAGGAUGUACUACAAGGUGAAUUAGAGGCUGUAAAACAAGCAAAACAAAAGCUUGAAGAGAAGAAUAAGGAACUGGAAGAAGAGCUGAGAAAAGCUCGUGCAGAAGCAGAGGAAGCAAGACAGAAAGCUAAAGAUGAUGAUGAUAGUGAUGUCCCCACCGCUCAGCGGAAGCGUUUUACUCGUGUUGAAAUGGCCCGUGUUCUGAUGGAAAGAAAUCAGUAUAAAGAGAGGUUGAUGGAGCUUCAGGAAGCUGUCCGAUGGACGGAGAUGAUAAGAGCAUCAAGAGAAAAUCCAGCCAUGCAAGAAAAGAAGAGAUCAAGCAUUUGGCAGUUUUUUAGCAGGCUCUUCAGUUCAUCUAGCAAUACAGCUAAGAAACCAGAACCUCCUGUCAACGUUAAAUACAAUGCUCCAACCUCGCAUAUUACUCCAUCAGUCAAGAAAAGAAGCAGCACCUUAUCUCAAUUACCUAGUGACAAAUCUAAAGCCUUUGAAUUCCUCAGUGAAGAAACCGAAGCCAGUUUAGCCUCCCGCAGAGAGCAGAAGAGGGAGCAGUACCGCCAAGUGAAAGCACACGUUCAGAAAGAGGAUGGUAGAGUGCAAGCAUUUGGCUGGAGUCUACCUCAGAAGUACAAACAGGUGGCAAAUGGUGGCCAGGUUGACAAUAAGAUGAAGAACUUGCCUGUACCUGUUUACCUGAGACCUUUAGAUGAGAAGGAUACCUCUAUGAAGCUGUGGUGUGCUGUAGGGGUAAACCUCUCAGGGGGGAAAACACGGGAUGGCGGGUCUGUGGUUGGUGCCAGUGUAUUCUACAAUGAUGUGACUGGUAUGGACGCAGACGGCAACAAGCAGCAAACAGGAUCUCAAAGUAGCUUAGAUAAACUAGACCAGGAGCUCAAGGACCAGCAGAAGGAGCUGAAACAUCAGGAAGAAUUAUCCAGUCUAGUUUGGAUCUGUACUAGCACGCAUUCUGCUACAAAAGUUAUCAUCAUUGACGCUAAUCAACCAGGAAAUAUUCUGGACAGUUUCAUUGUUUGCAAUUCUCAUGUGCUUUGUAUCGCUAGCGUACCAGGGGCAAGGGAGACAGACUAUCCUGCGGGAGAAGAAGGGUCUCAAGACGCAGAUCCCAGCCAAGUGGACAAGUCUUCUCUGUGUGGGAGCAUGACGAGCAACAGCUCUGCGGAAACCGACAGCUUGCUGGGAGGAAUAACCGUGGUCGGCUGCACUGCAGAGGGUGUCACAGGAGCACCUGUAGCUCACGAUGCAAACGGUGGCUCACCGAUGACAGAUAAACAGUCGGAUAUUGCAACUGAAAGUAAUUCAGUAGAUGAGAACAUUCCAACAGCAGAGGAGGCAACAGAAGCAACAGAAGUCAAUGCAGGGACAGGAGAAGACACAGCUGAUAUUGCACAGACUGGAGUCUACACAGAGCAUGUCUUUACAGAUCCUCUGGGAGUGCAGAAUACAACAGAGGCGUCUCCAGUGUACCACCCUAGUACUGAGUCAGAGUUAUAUAAAGACAUUGCAGUUUUGCCAAAUGAGCAAGAUCUAGUGAGAGAAGAAGCACAGAAAAUGAGUAGCCUUUUGCCGACAAUGUGGCUUGGAGCACAGAAUGGAUGCCUCUAUGUUCAUUCGUCAGUGGCCCAGUGGAGGAAAUGUGUUCAUGCCAUUAAACUUAAAGAUUCUAUUCUCAGUAUUGUACAUGUAAAAGGAAUAGUAUUAGUUGCACUAGCUGAUGGAACACUAGCAAUAUUUCACCGAGGAGUUGAUGGUCAAUGGGAUUUGACAAACUAUCACCUUUUAGACCUGGGCCGGCCACAUCAUUCGAUACGAUGCAUGACAGUGGUACAUGACAAGGUCUGGUGUGGCUACAGGAACAAAAUCUAUGUUGUUCAACCGAAGGCCAUGAAAAUAGAGAAGUCAUUUGAUGCGCACCCAAGAAGAGAAAGCCAAGUGAGACAGCUGGCAUGGGUGGGUGAUGGGGUAUGGGUGUCUAUUCGCUUGGACUCCACCCUGCGUCUCUAUCAUGCGCACACGUAUCAGCAUCUACAAGAUGUGGACAUUGAACCUUAUGUAAGCAAAAUGCUAGGUACUGGUAAACUGGGAUUCUCAUUUGUGAGAAUCACAGCUCUUAUGGUGUCUUGUAAUCGUUUAUGGGUAGGAACAGGAAAUGGUGUCAUCAUCUCCAUUCCAUUAACAGAAACUGUAAUCCUCCACCAGGGACGUUUACUGGGGCUGAGGGCUAAUAAAGCAGCAGCAGGCUCCGGAAACCGUCCAGGGAGUGUAAUACGUGUAUAUGGUGAUGAAAACAGCGACAAAGUCACUCCUGGAACAUUUAUACCGUAUUGUUCAAUGGCACAUGCGCAGCUUUGCUUCCACGGGCACCGUGAUGCUGUAAAAUUCUUUGUCGCAGUACCUGGUCAGGUUGUUUGCCCACAGAGUAGUGGUGGAACAGAGCUAACAGCUGAUAAACCGGCCCAAGAGUCCUUCAACCAGAGUCCCUUAAAAUCAAUGUUGGUGAUAAGUGGUGGAGAAGGAUAUAUUGACUUCAGAAUGGGUGAUGAGGGUGGAGAAUCUGAACUCCUUGGAGAGGCUCUUCAACUUGAACCUUCUGUAGCCAAAGCUGAGAGGAGUCACUUGAUAGUGUGGCAAGUAAUGUGUGGCGGUGAGUGAGCCUGUAGGAUGCAGCUGGAGACCUUAAAAAAGAAAAAGGAAAAAAAAAAAAAAAGAAAAAAAAAAAGCUUCUGCAUGUUUUUUUUAUUUUGUGAAACCUGUUUCACUACAUGAUGUUGAAGCAUUUCUUUGCUGUUUAACUUUAUAUUGCAAAUCUGUCAUACCUUUAACUAUACAGGAAUUAGCUUGUGCUGUUUUACUGCACCCGUGUUACAUGGAACAGUAUAAUGAAAUCAGACCUUUCUCAAAACUGGUGUGCACACCCUAUUAAGCAACUGAGACAUCAGUUUUACUGUACCACAGCAAUCUAAUGUAGUUCACUUCUUCGGUAGUCUCACUUGAGUUCAGCGUUAUUACAACUGAGCUUCAUUUCACUGUAUAAUGCAUUGAGUAAAACAGCAAAGUUAUUCCCAGAGUAUUGAAAAAUUGACAAAUUAUAAAAUGGAUUAUUAAGACUCAUCCAAAUAUUCAGUGAGGGCUAAAGCAAACUGUAAACUUCAGCUUGUGUUUUCAAACCUGGAAAAUCUUGCUUACAUAAUGUAUAUGGCUUAAUUUGUUACAUUCAUGAGAAUUUAUGGGGGGAAGAGGGGAUUGUAUAGGAAUUAAGAUGACAAUAUUUAAAUAAAAUUACAUGUUUUCACUAUUGAACCUUAAAGUUUGAGAACUGCUGCCCUCAAUAACGAGCGAUUUUGAGCAUUUUUUUGAGCAUUUCCAGAUAUGGAACAACUCGGUUUCCAAAGGUUAUUCUUAGGAUGAUUUAAAGCUGAAAAUAAUGGUAAAAUUCUUGAACAGGGGGUAUGUUUUGUUCUUUUCUUGUCUUAACUCUUUAUGUCCUAAGCACUAGAAUGAUCUUCUCUGCCUAGCUGGUCAAACUCAUGAGGCACUACAUGUGUGAAGGUUAGAGACCUUAAUUAGAGCAUGAGAAAAGACUGAGAGUGUACAGGAAAACUGCGUUCUGCCCAAGUGAGAUUGUAAAGGAACUCUAGUGCCAGAUAAUUAGGUACAAAAUGUAUUUUUCGUAAUCGCAUACCCCAAUUUAGUAAAAAAAAAUAAAAAAAUAAAAAUUUAGUGACAACGUUAGCAGGUAACACUGAGUAAAUUGAUGAAAGUCAGGAGACUCUAAUAUUAGGCUGACAUUCUGUCUACUCACCAUCUAUUUUUUUAACCAUAAAUGUGAGUUGAAGACUGUCUUCCUUUUACAUUGAAUUUCCUACAUUAGUAUCAAGCCUGAGUUAAAUGCUUCAUGAUUUCUGUACUUCAGAAUAUUUUAAAACCCAGAUGUGCUCUUUCAUUUAGUCUCUGGAAAGUAAAAGUUUUGCGGGGUUUUAAUAAACAUCCAGCAUUUACCCCCAGAAGGCUGGGACUGUUCCGUUUGGGUUAGCAGAGAAAUUUAGUGACUUGAUUAUGUGAGAGAACUGAACAGUUUCAGAGGAGUAAAUAUAGAAACACUUUUUUAAAACUGCCUAAACAUUUUUAUGCAAUAGGAGCAGUUCUGGUCUAUCAGGCAAACAUGUGUUUAUAUAUUUUCUUAAUUUUUUUAAAUGAACACAUUCAGCUGAAGUCUAUUGUGUAAAUAUAUAUUUAGGCAGCUUUUUCAAAUGCAUAUCAUAGCUGAUAAACCAGAAAAACUCCAUUCAGGUCUAUUGGUUAGAUUUAUAUGUAUAAAUACUUUUUAAGCGACAUAUUUUGUACACAGCUGUUCCUCUCGUAAAUAUGUAUUUAGGACAUGAACUAUGUAGUAAAAAUCCUUAUUAAAGAUGUCUAAUAUCUUGGUAGUAUUUUUCUCUUCAGAAUGCCAAAAGCGAUGAGAGCAUGUUGUUCAUAAUUUGCUUUCCAAAUUCAUCUUUAACGUCACUCUUAAAGUACUUCGGCUUAAAUAUAAAGCCUAGGAGCUUUUGAAAAAAAUACAAAUUCGGAAAGUAAACUGGCUAAACACUCUUGGAAAGACUGAUUUGAAACUUACAGACGCGUAUGCUGAACCUGAAGCACAUCUGAAUUAACUUAGGAAAUUGGAUGUCUAAGAAAAAUGCUGUCUAAACUUUUACUGUUGUGCAGAACCUUCACUGUGAGUGGUGCAGUUCCGUUGCUUUUCCUGCCAUUUUCUUAAAUUUCCUUUUUUUUUUUUUUCCCCCCCCCUCUUUGGAAAACACAGUCUCCAAAGCUUUUACUCACUGGUUGAUUGUCACAUUCUCAUGUUCUCAGAAAAAAAGAAAAAAGCGCACAAUUCUGUUCCUUGGUUCUUGUAUAGCAUUUUAUUUGUAACUAGUGAUGAGCCGUUUUCUCUGGACGGCGUUCCCGCUCUCUAAUGGAGCGGUUCAAGCUGGCAAGUGUGUACCUGGUCUUUUGCCAAAUGUAUCUGGUCCACCGUGCCAUUUUAGUCACCUCAGUGGGCCAACUCUUGCAAAUCUUUCAGAGAAUGAUUGUUUCUGUCCAAAAGUGGAAGGGUUUUAAAGAAAACAAUAGGUUAACUAUGUACCACUGUGGGUGUAGAUAAAAGGCAUGUGCACUUCUCUGUAUUUCUCAUUUAAAAACUUUAUCCCCUGUCCUAAGGUACAGUAGGUUCGAUGGGUCCCUAUUGUCAUCGCAGCGCGCCGGGAUUUAUAAACUCUACUUGAGGUCGCUUUGAAGGGUAACAAAGCAGGUAAAAAACCCCGGCACCGAGAUGACGAUACGCUCCUCCAAAUCCGCCUCGAGAAUGCGUUUAUGCAGACACUCAUGUGAUUAAAGCAUCAUAUAAAUAGGAGCUAAUCUCUUGAUAGCUACAGCUUGUUAAUAGUUUGGAAACAUUUCGAGCACAAAAUAUGCAGCACAUGACUUGCCUGGGUAAGGGUGUUUGCAUGGUAAAGGUGAAACGCGUCGUAGAAGCUGCUGCAUCGUCCGUUUCUUGUAAAGGUCUUCCUGCGUUGGAUCAGAUAGAGCUGGCAGAGCGUAGACACUUUAUCAUAGGCUGCCUUAGUAACAAACAAAUGUUAAAUCUGUUUUAUUAUACUAACUGUUCUAAAGAACGUGUGUCUUUUAAAAUGCUGUGUAACUGAAUAUUUAUUUCCAUGUGAGUAUUAUAAAAGUUACCAAAGGAUUAAACCUGACUUAGCACUCUUGUAAGUGACCCUGUUGAGGUGGGGUCUUGUGAAGGCCCUGCUCUGUAAAACCAGACAUGGUAAACUCAAAUACAGUUCUUUAGGGAAAUUAAAUGUUUUUUCUAACAGGGUCAUGCCAUAUUGUAACAACCUAUGUUGCACCUCAGAGCAUUUUUCUAUACACUAAAUGUCUCUCCCGCCCUCUAACAAGAUUAAGUUUCCUUUAUUAAUUUUGUUGAUGCACAUUUCUCAAUCUUUUAAACAUAUAUUUUAAACAUUUUAUGGUCUGUAAUUUUUGAAAGUUUUGUCUGUUGGACACUUUACGCUGAAUUUUACUUGCCUCUGUAAUCCGAGAUGGAUACUACAGCGUUAAACUUGCUGUCUGUUAAAACUUGAGGCUUCUUUUCUGUGAGCAGAAAAGCUCAUAUAGCAGUGUAGUUAUUUCAGUAUUUAUUUCUAUUAUUGAAUCCAUGGGGUUCAGAAUGUAACUUUGUACAUGAAAUAUAUAUAAAUAUGUAUAUGAAACAUG